AUGUCUCAUAGACUCAUUUGGUGUAUUCGUCGAGUAUUGACAACCAAUCAGACUUCGUUGGUCUUGCCUAAACCGACAUGUUUUUGUUUAAACGGCAAUAAGCUUGCGUUCUUAACAAACCAACGAAGGUUGGUUGGUUGCCAAAGCACCAAACCGAAAAAAUCGAACGUCUAUACCAGAACCGGGGACAAAGGCACGUCGAUGCUUUAUAAUGGAGAGCGAAGAAUUAAAAACGAUGAUAUUUUUAACGCAUUGGGAACUGUUGAUGAAUUGAGUUCAUGUAUAGGGAUAGCAAACCAUUAUUGUAAGAAAGUUGAUAAUGGGUUAGAAAGCAAAUUAAUUGAAAUUCAGUGUAAAUUGAUUGAGGUAGGAUCCAAUAUCGCCACUCCAAGAAGUUCCUCGCACGCGUCAAAAUUAUCGAUUACUACGUUUGAUGAAGAAAACGUCAAAGUCUUGGAAUCUUGGAUUGAUACUUUGGAUGCCCAACUACCUCCUUUGAAACAUUUCAUCCUUCCUUCCGGUGGAGAAAGUUCCGUGUUUUUGCACCAGUGUCGCUCAGUAUGUCGCAGGGCUGAACGUGUAACCGUACCUUUGUUAGAAGCUGGAACUGUAGAAGCGACUGUAGGAAAAUAUUUAAACAGGCAUAUUGAGUGA